GAGCGCACCGCGCCAAACUCUCCAAAGAGUUUACAGCUCCUGCUUCGGGACCGAGAGGAGACAGGAAACGCUCUAGAGACGAUUAUUCUAGGCGGAAAAGUUGAAUGGCAGCGUCGGGAAUGGCGCAGAGGCGGAAUGGUCCUCCAGCCGAGCCGCACACGUGAUCCCAGAGGCCACCGGUGACACUUUUCACUAUUUAUUUAUUUGCAAGGGGGACGAGGACAGGACAACUCAAGGAGAGCUCACAGGAGAGAAGUCAAAGUGUGGUGGGAGCGCGAGUGUCACAGGAGUCCAGUCCCCUCGACGCGAUGGUCUGUGCGCCGGGACUCAGCUGGGUGCUCCUCAGCGCCCUGCUGCACACCGCGGCACCCUGGGGCGCACGGCAAGCCGACAGACCGAAGCAGUGCGACGCACCGAAGUCGCAAAGUGACAUGAACUCCUUCCUGUGGACAGUGAGGCGUUCACCUCCUCAUCCACCCUCUUACUUAUUUGGCACCAUCCACGUCCCCUACACACGAGUAUGGGACUUCAUCCCCAACAACCUGAAGCAGGCUUUCUACAACAGCCCGAAUGUUUUCUUUGAGCUGGACCUGACCGACCCUCAGACCAUCUCCAAGCUGACCAGCUGUCAGCUGCUGCCCCAUGGGCAGAACCUGCAGACGCUGCUACCUCGGGACUUGUACCGCCGCCUCAAACGCCACCUGGACUACGUCAAACACAUGAUGCCUUACUGGAUGACCUCUGACCAGCGUGGCCGCGGCCUGUAUGCCGACUACCUGUUCAACGCCAUAGCAGGGAACUGGGAGAGGAAAAGGCCUGUGUGGGUGAUGCUGAUGGUCAACUCGCUGACAGAGCUGGACAUCCGGUCCAGGGGGACGCCGGUGCUGGACCUGUUCUUGGCUCAGGAAGCUGAGAAGAUGAGGAAGACGACAGGGGCAGUGGAGCGGGUGGAGGAGCAGUGUCACCCCCUCAAUGGGCUCAACUUCUCUCAGGUGCUGUUUGCUUUGAACCAGACUCUGCUGCAGCACGAGGGCGUUCGAGCAGGAAGCCUGCAGGGCUCCUUCACCACUGAGGACCUCAUCACACACUACAACUGUGGUGACCUCAGCUCCAUCAUCUUCAACCACGACACAUCACAGCUGCCCCACUUCAUCAACAGCUCUCUGCCGGAUCAUGACCGCACGACAGCCCAACAGAUCGACAGCUACUUCCGCCAGGAGCUCAUCUACAAACGCAACGAGCGAAUGGCUCGCCGUGUGUCCGCGCUGCUGCAGAGGAACCCAAGCAAGACGUACUUUUUUGCUUUUGGUGCAGGCCACUUCCUGGGGAACCACAGCGUGCUGGACAUCCUCAGGCGGGAGGGUUACGAGAUCUUCCACACCCCCCCGGAUUACCAGGAGCCAGUCGCAGAGAGUAAACCAGCCGAGGAGCCUGCAGCAGGUUCCAGUGAUGAGAGCCCAGACUCCAGCACUGUGUAUCCCACCAGCUGGGAGACCAGUUCAUCAGAGCUGGAGCUGGAAGACUUAGACCACGUCCCUGGACUUGGAGACGAGGAGCUGCCUCACAUGCUGCUCCCCGACAGUCUGAGCCAGCUGGAGGAAUUUGGACGACACAAGCGUCCACGCAAAGCUCACCGCGGACAUGGCAGACCUCGUCUCUUCAGUGACCUGUGGGUUCGAAUCGGGGACGGCACGACCCCGCCCCCUAAUGUCAGGAUACUCAACGGCUAUGUGACCGUGGACCCUCCUCUGACCCACCAGGAGCAGCGCAGACUGGUGGAGAUCUACGCCACCGCGCAACAGCCCAGUCCCCCUUCCUCCACCUCGCCCAGUCCAACCUCAGCUCAGCCAGCUUCGGUCCACGGCACGCUCACACUGUCCUGCCUCUUAGCCUGGACGUUAUCACACAUGCUGUUUACCUCCUGACCACAGGACAGCGUUAUCUCACAGGCGAAACACUCAGACACUAUUGCGUCCGUACCAGAGCAGUGGAAUGCACCUGAUAAACAGGGAUUGGCCGUCAACACAUGAAGACAAGAGGAUGGAGGAAUGUUUCAUUUGGGACUUGAGUGCUGAGGUGGGACAAUCCUGCUGCCUUCCCCUCAGGGCAAGUCUGACAAAGUGUGGAAUAAGCUCUCAGCCGUGGUCGGAGUCUUCAAACCUCAUGAAAGUAUUACGGUAGAAUAACAAACACAUAGCACAGAGAAGACCCGUCAAUUUGAAGGGUUUGUGGGGUGGAGUCUUCUUCCUAAUAAACAUGUAAUACUGUAUAGAAAAGUGAGACUGACAUUAAUAAAUGAGGAUAGAACAUACUAAUAAGAGCUGUAACUCCGUGAUAAAUGAGCUGAGUAGAGUCUAGCAGGCUGUGUAGGAGGCAACGCACUCAUGUCGCCACUUUUGUAAAUUGUGCAUUUUGUUCAUAAAUAAAUAUUGUAUAUUUAUUAUCCCUGGAAGAAAAGAGUAUAUUUUCUUGUUUUUUGAAGAAAA